AUGUCUGCAACACAACCUUCAGCCCCGGGGCUCAAUGUGAUUGCCCUAAUAUCCGGCGGAAAAGACUCCCUCUACUCGAUCCUCCACUGCAUCCGCAACGGCCACAAAGUGGUCGCGUUAGCCAACCUCUACCCAGAACCACAGAACAAACCCCCAAGCACAAAUCCACACCAACCAAAAUAUGACGAAGAAGAAGACAUCGACAGUUUCAUGUACCAAACAAUCGGUCACAGCAUAAUCCCUCUUUACGAAACAGCCCUCCAAAUCCCUCUCUACCGCCAACCCAUCACAGGCGGCGCAGUCGAUACAGACCGCAUCUACGGAACUAAAACGUCCACUAAAACAUCCGACAAAGACGAGACGGAAUCCCUCGUCCCGCUCCUCAACCGCAUAAAACAAGCCCACCCAGAAGCAAACGCUAUCUCUGCAGGCGCCAUCUUAUCUACAUACCAGCGCACGCGAAUCGAAAGCGUCGCUAACCGCCUGGGUCUUGUACCCCUCGCUUGGCUAUGGAUGUAUCCAUCUCUCCCCGCCCCCGCGGCUAGAUCGGCCGAUACUUUGGCAAUACGCCAGGCGGGGCUCUUGGAGGAUAUGGCGGCUGCCAGAUGUGAUGCGCGCAUUCUCAAGGUCGCCUCCGGCGGCCUGGACGAGGGCUUCCUGUGGGAGAAUGUGUCUGGAGCUGGGAGUGGUGGCCGCAUGAUGCGAAGGUAUCUUGUUAAGGCUAUGAGUCGGUUUGCGGCCGCGGAAGAUAUUCGUGGUGCGGUGUUGGGUGAGGGUGGGGAGUAUGAGACGCUUGCGCUGAAUGGACCUGGUUUCUUAUGGAAGCAGAGGAUUGAGGUUGGUAGUCGGGAGGAGAAGGUUGGGGAGGGGGGUGUUGCGUUUGUUAGGUUGAGGGGCGCUAGGUGUACGGUCAAGAGUAUGUGGGAGAUUGACGAUGGGAUUACGCCGAGUGAUGUUAGGAGACCCGGGCUGUUAGAUGAAGUUUUCGAGGGUGUGUUGGGUUCUGCAUUGGAUGUUUCUAGAUCGCUUGACGAUUCGAAAUCGCAGGCGAUGACGAGUACUGCUCGGUCACCGGAUUGGCCGGUUUGUGAGCCGGUGCAUCGGCUGUUUGGCUCUACGUGGACUAUUUCGAAUAUUGUUGCGCCUGAGGCUGGUCCUGGCGCAGGGGCGCAGAUGAGAGGGAUUGCAGACAAGGUGGAAAAAGUGUUCAAGUCCUUUGCCCACCCCAGGUCCGGUUCUCGAUCAACAGACGACAUUGUUUUCGCUACGGUGCUACUCAAUUCAAUGGCCGACUUUGGAUCAAUGAAUGAUAUCUACGUCUCGCUAUUCAAAAAACCAAAUCCUCCCGCGCGUGUUACAGUGGCAUGCGGAGACCGUCUCCCGUCUAACGUCAAGGUGAUGGUCACAUUCGUGGUUGACCUGGGUGCGAGGGAUCGGCGCCAGGGCCUGCAUGUUCAAUCCAGGUCAUACUGGGCUCCGGCAAAUAUUGGACCAUAUUCCCAGGCGUUGUCAGUUCCGAUGCAGAAUUCUAGCAGACUCGUCUACAUUGCUGGCCAGAUCCCUCUGGAUCCUGGUUCUAUGAACUUGGCGCAAGUGGAGGGGUCAGCUUCAUGGGUUGAAAACUACCGUCUUCGAGCUGUACUGGCCCUUCAGCAUCUCUGGAGAAUUGGUGAAGCCAUGCAGGUAAAUUGGUGGCUCGGUGCGGUGGCCUUCUUGGCUCGUGGAGAACACGCUAAUACCCAGGCGCAAGUGGCAUGGCGCCUCUGGGAAAGAAUGCAUGCUUUGCCUGACAAUGAAGACGAGGAUGAUGACGAUGGCCCUCAGCUUGAUGCAUGGGAUAUCAAAUAUGGUCGCCGCACAGAGGAGCUGACCGAUGCCCUUGUGCCCAGUCUGCCCAAGUUUACUGUUCUUGUUGAGUCUCACACAUCCAUUCCACCAUUCUUGGCUGUCCAAGUGGACGAACUGCCACGAGGAAGUGAUAUUGAAUGGCAAGGGCUGGGAGGCCGAUGUGAGCAGGUCAAGCUGGACAUUAAAGGAGGGACAUCUGCCACUACCAUGGACACUCAAUACAAGUAUAUCAAUAUCGAGAUCGACGCGGGUUCGUCGGACGAUACAUUGAAACAAAUAUUGAGAUCAGUGAAAGAGGCUCACUGUCGAGAUUCCACACUGUCUCAGGCUGUGUUAUACAUUACACACUCAGUGCCUGAAGCCUUGUGGCCAGGACAGGUUGUGCCAUGCAGAUCAAUUUGGGGGCGAGAAGGACGAAGGUUGAGUGCAGGUGUGGUCCUACAGCAGCUUAGUUAG